AUGCACAUUCUACUUGCACUCUCCUCUUUUGCCUUAGCGGCAGCUCAAGGGCUGAAUCCCGUUGCUCCUCUCUGCCCCUUUCCCAUCAUUAUUCAAUCUCUAGUCCUCAUACAGAAAGCUCCAGUAUAUGUCAGCGCCCAGAUCUGCGAGGUCACAACACUUACUGUGGGUGGGAGGACCAUCCCUGUACCCCAAGUGCCGACCCUCCUUGAGACUAGAUUUGUUGUCACGAGCACAGUCACGCAAUCUUCUACCUGGUCCUCAACCUGCGGUACUCCUGCGACAAAUGCAAAUGAUUUCCAUUCAUCUGAAGGCAGCUUUGUGACUCUAACUGCCCCAUGCACCGAAGCCGUCGCCUCCACUCUUGUCAUUCCCCCAGUCGGAGACCAGCCUGGUACAAAGGUCAUCUUAGUCCCAAUCACUACUCCCGCGCCCCCAUUCACCGGACCUUGUGACACAUUGACGCAGACAUGGGCAAGAACAUUUUGCACUACUAUAACAAUACCUGUCAAGGAUGGUGGAAGAGGCACUGUUCUGGUUGUCCAAAAUCCUACCCAGAACGCCCCGGCCCCGAUUCAGCCAAUCAUCACCGCAGCUAAAUCGCCUUCUAGCGCAGCUCCAUCACCCGAAGCUUUAAGUGUUGCUAAGUCAGACACUCUCACCCUCUGGCCGGGUCGUCAAGGUACUCCUUCGGUUAGCAACACUUCUGGGGGCCUAAAUUUAAUUACACCUUCUGGGCUUGAGACUUCGCUCUCUGCUACGAGUCCUACAACCACUGUGGAUCUUACUUUAAAGAGCUCGCCUUCUGCUAUCAGUCCUACGACCUCUAGGAAUAAUAAUCCUAUGAAUACUGGGGAUAUGACUUCAACGACCUCACCCUCUAAGACCAAUCCUACCACCGCAGGGGAUCUUACGUUGAGGGACUCAAUAUCUGCUACGAGCCCUACAACCACUGGGGGUCUCACCUUGCAGACCUCGCCCAUAGAUGCAUCUAGCGGCGCACCGCCAGUGUCGACUACGACGUCGACCUCAACAACUGCCGGCCUAAUCACUUCAACUUCCACAACUUCUACCAGCUUAUGCAUCGUGACCGCAACACCAGUUGCCGAAUGCUGUAUGAAUGAGCUGCCCGAUGACUGCAAGGCACUCAGAACCAGCAACGGACAAGACCUGCAACCCGUCAUCUCGGCCUGCCAACAAGCCAUCGGGAACUACACCACCAGUGACAUGCGGGCCUGCUGGGCAGGGGAGGUAACGGAUGACUCCCGUGGAACAAACAUAGCGGAUUGUCUAAUGGAUGAGCUUGAGGAUUGCUGUAUCACGCAGUUGCCCGCAGCGUGCAGCAGUCUCCGAGGCGCAACUGGGGCGGCUGUUCUUGCCGGGGCAUUACAGUGCCGCAAGGCGCUCGGGCUGUUCGUCCAUGGCACAGCUAAGCCCUGCCUAGAUGAUAAGAACAUAACAGCUGAGACACACGGGAUGAGUAUCGUUGAUUGUCUAGAGGCUGCAUAUGGUUUCCGGUCUGGGGCUGUUACAAUUAGCGAUGCCCAGUUGUGCCCUACAAUAACAGUCACAUAA